UUAAGCCAUCCACACUUUUCAUCCAUAACUUUAGUACCCUCUCUUCACAAAAGCUUUUCUUUCUCCCAAGCUCUUACCCAUAAAAUCUUCAAACCCUUCCCAUGACUCCUAAGGGCGACAACGUCGUCGUUUCCAACAUGAAACUCGAAAGAAUGCUCAGCAUGAAAGGAGGUAAAGGUGAAACAAGUUAUGCUAACAACUCUCAAGCUCAGGCUCAACAUGCCAGAUCGAUGCUUCAUCUUCUAAAAGAAACAUUGGACGGAGUUCAUUUAAACUCGCCGGAAGUGCCGUUCGUGGUGGUGGAUCUCGGCUGCAGCUGCGGCAGCAACACCAUUUACAUCGUGGAUGUCAUCAUAAAACACAUUAUAAAGCGCUUCGAAGCUUUGGCCGUCGACCCGCCGGAGUUCACCGUCUUUUUCUCCGAUCUCCCUGGAAAUGACUUCAAUACCCUCUUCCAACUCCUCCCACCGUUGGCCACUUACGGCGGCAGCAUGGAGGAAUGCCUCGCCGCCGACAACCACCGCUCCUACUUUGCUGCUGGCGUUCCUGGCUCCUUCUACCGUCGUCUAUUUCCGGCUAGAUCCAUCGACGUUUUUCACUCCGCCUUUUCCUUGCAUUGGCUCUCUCAGGUGCCGGAGACGGUGGUGGAUGGAAGAUCGAUGGCGUACAACAGAGGGAGGGUGUUCAUCCACGGAGCAAACGAGGCGGCGGCGGAGGCUUACCGGAAGCAAUUUCAGACGGACUUGGCAGAAUUUCUGUGGGCCAGGGCUCAGGAGCUGAAGAGAGGUGGGUCCAUGUUCCUUGUCUGCUUGGGCCGGACCUCCCUCGACCCCACCGACCAAGGCGGAGCCGGCCUCCUCUUUGGGACCCACUUUCAGGAUGCUUGGGAUGAUCUUGUCCAAGAGGGAUUGAUAAGCAAUGAGAAACGUGAUAGUUUCAACAUUCCAGUGUAUGCACCGAGCUUACAAGACUUCAAGGAGGUAGUAGAAGCCGAUGGUUCAUUUUCCAUAAACAAACUUGAAGUUUUCAAAGGAGGUAGUCCAUUAGUAGUGAACCAGCCCGACGAUGCGGCAGAGGUUGGUCGAGCUUUGGCCAACAGUUGCCGGAGUGUCUCUGGUGUCCUUGUUGAUGCCCAUAUUGGUGAUCGGCUGAGCGAAGAGCUCUUUUAUCGAGUUGAACGUAGAGCCACAAACCAUGCUAAAGACCUUCUUGAAAAGCUUCAAUUCUUUCACAUUGUGGCAUCACUUUCCCUUGCAUAAACAAGAGACCAAAAAGACGAAAGAAAAAACAGAUAAAAAGAAAAGAACAAAAAAAAAAAAAAAAAAAACACUGCCUUCAUCUCUCUUUUGGUGUUUGGUCUGUCUUUAAAGGAUAUGAUAUAUGUUACAUAGGAAACAAAAGGAAUCAAACAUGCAAAAGAGAGGUCAAAGGAGCUGCCAUUUUCUGUCUUUUUUUUUUCUUCUUUUGUUCAUUAUAACUUUGUAGUGUGAUGUUUUGUGAGUCAUUUUACUGACUAGUAGUUAUAAAAAUAUGUGUUUAUUUAGCAUUAA